AUGUCCCAAUACCCCACACCAGUCCGCCUCGCCCAGGCCCUGGGCCUCACUGGAGCCGCAUAUCUAGCCGGAAACAUCUUCGCCUACAGCUACGCCACAAUUCCGGCCCUGCAAGCCUCAGCCGCAAAACACAGCGCGCCAGCACCCCUCCUCGCAAAACAAUGGAGCGAGCUGUACGCCCGCGGCAAGGCGCAGAACCCGCCCAUUGCGGCCAUCACCGCCGCCGCAUUCGCGUACCUCGCGUGGACCGCGCACUCUGGGAAGUCGGCUGCGCUUGAUGUCCUGGCGCCUAGGAACGCGGUGGCGCUGUAUAGUGCUGCUGCGGCCCUGACGGUGGGGAUUGUGCCGUGGACGUUUGCGGCUAUGAAGGGGACGAAUGAUAAACUUCAUGAGCGGGCAAGCGAAGUUUAUGCGGUGACGGAAAAGACGGGGCAGGAGGUUGGGGAGUUGUUAAGCCGGUGGAAGGUGCUUAAUGCUGUACGGGGGCUGUUCCCGCUUGUUGGGGGGUUGGUUGGGUUUUUGGCGUUCUAA